AUGCUCCGAUACACCCGCUCGUCUUUUCGCAACCGGAGCCUUUUCAGACCGCAAUACUACCUUACCCUGGUCGUUGCUGUUUUCAUCAUUUCAUCAUUUCAUUUUCUUUCGUUACGAUCACGUUCAACUGCGUUUGAGCGAUUCGUCCGAGAUGAUGUGUUACGAGGCCCGGAUGACAAGAGCACAACAAAAGCGCCGCAUGCUGCACUACAAUUAAUCGUAAAUGAUCGGACGGAGAGCCCUGAUUUGUCACACGGUACCUUCACUCCGCCUACCAACAGCGCGUUGCGUUCCGCCGCUCCCCUCCGAUUCGAGAUCGCGGAGUCUCCUAACCCACCUAUUAGAAGAGACAGACAGUUGUUGAGUUUUGCAGAAGAGGACGAUAGUAUUGAGGGACACAACACUGAUGGUGUGACUACUAUCCGUGGGCACACUGCAGAUAGUGUAGAAUACGCUGCAAAGCUUGGUCAAACGGACGAUCAGCCUGAUAGCCUGAACGAAGACGGAUUUCCCGCUCCUGAUGAUGUCGAUCGGACAGAAGUGAACGCAAGCCCCAAAGACACGGCUACAGAGCAGCUGACCGAGAAAACCGUCAUACAAAGUCCGCCAGCGCCAGUCAGUACUGUGGUAGAUCUACUGGCGGUAGACAAACAAGUUCCGAUCGAAUCACUUGAGAAAAUGUAUCCAUGGUCCGAGCGAUACACUUUUCCUGACUGGGACGAGUGUGUUACCGUCAAGGAAAAGGCAGAUAAUCUUCCCGAUCUGCUUCACGUUACCUUUGAGCAAUCCGUGCAGAAUGUCACUCUUGAUGGCUGGGAGGAUGAGUGGAUUGCAAAGGCUCGAUACACAGGUCCCAAGCUUCAGGAGCCAAAAAUAGAUUUUGUCUACAACUGUGCGUACAUGACCUUCCAUUUACUAACAGGCUUGCUAAGGCAGACAGGGGUCAAUGGAUCACAAUCAGAACUUCGAUCGACGAUGCGGCCUUACGAACUCAAUUCCUCCCUAAACGAUCCAGAUGGCGUUUGGAUGGCAUCUCAUGGGACUAACCGCUAUCGCGAGUGGGACGAGCUCCGGUAUUCGAUUCGAAGUGUCGAGAGAUAUGCUGGGUAUUUCACCAAUCGCAUCCAGAUUCUGGUCAAUGCAUUCCAGAUAUACUCUGAAAACAAUCAAUCUGGUCUGAUGGGUAAACAACGGCCUCGUUGGCUUAAGGAAGGCUCGGCCAAGGUACAGGUCGUUUCCCAGGAGGAGUUCUUUGGGCCAGAAGAGAGGAAGUGCUUACCUUCUUUCGACUCCCUCACUAUCGAGAACCAACUCUACAAUACCAAAUCAGAAACCGACAGGGUGAGUUUCUUCCUCUACAAGAAGCAUGCUACGAACACUGACAAUCUUAAGCUAUUUGCUCUUUCAGACGACAUGAUUCUGGGCAAACCUCAUGCGGCUGCAGAUCUAUAUUCACCCCUGUUCGGACCAACAUUAGGCUUCAAGGAUAACGCAUAUAACACGUUGAAGCCUCCUACCGACGCAGACGCAGAGCGAUUCGGUGAAAAGCCAUUCCUCAUAUAUACCUCCUGGCUUCUUAACCGGCGCUUUGGCGCACGAAAGCGUAAAGGCCAGGUACACUUUGGCCACUCCUUGUCGCGAAGUGUUGCCCAGGAAGCGAUCACCACAUUCCCUCGACCGGCACUUCGCAGCGCCGUUCAACGUUUCCGAGGUGAGACUGGUUUCCAGCUCUAUUCUUGGUACGUCAUGUUCCACUACACAAUGGAGCGUCAUAGAGAAGCGCUUCUCUGGAGUUAUGUCAUGCUGAGAAGCGAUCAAAAUGAUGAUGGGUAUCUUGACUGGAAAGAACGAAGAAAGAUCCUGGACGAACUUGCUGAGGGGAUGGGCAACGAGAAUCCUGAGCAGUAUCGUCGCCGGACAUAUUACCGCGUUGCUGAGCAUCACGAGGAAGCUGGACUUGAACCGCCCAAAGUCAACACGGAUGUCCUCUGGACGUCGCUCGACGGGCCAAUCAUGAUCAAGGGACUCAAUUGCGAUGCCUUCGACACUGAGGACUGCCUAGGUCCAGGGUUUUCGAUGGAAACAAGCGACGCUGUGGCUCGCAAUCCUGUCUUCUCUUCGGCUGCAAUAUUUGAUAGGGUGGCCCGCGAAUCACCACGAUGCGGUGAUUGUCUUCUGAAGCUUAUUUUGAACAGAAGGCGUUCCGGCUUGGGCACCACACUACCUCAUCCGGUCAAGAAACCUCAGCAGCGUGCAACUGUUUUGAAGGCUCUAAUGAAGUUUCAUUAUACAGUCGUCAGUCCAGACGCUUAUUUCUAUAUGGUCACUGACGCCGAGCAAGCUCGCCACACGCUCCUCAAGCCGUACAUCAAGCAUAACAAGAAGGCGGGUCAAAUAUGUCUCAACGAUGACGUCGUAACACAGGAUGAAGUGGAGCUCGAAGAGCUCAGGAAGGUAAUGAGUGGAUUGCUAGAGGGAUUGUUGCCCAAGCCAUCGAGCUUCGAGAAGUGA